AUGAUCGUUCUUGCGGAGGGAAAUAUACAUAUUAAGUUCUUGGCCUUCCAUGUUUUUCUCCUUCUGUCCUUCAAAGCCAAAGCCAAAUGCAAAACUGGCUGCAACUUUGCCUUAGCCUCAUACCAUGUGUGGGAAGGUGCAAAUCUCACGUAUAUCAGCAACAUCUUUGGCCAGCAAGUUCCUGAAAUUCUCCAAUACAACCGUCAAGUAUUGCGAGAUUAUAACGGUACCCGAAUCAAAGUACCUUUUUCUUGUGACUGCUUAAAUGGUGAUUUUUUGGGCCAUACCUUCACCUACAUAACCCAGCAUGGUGACACCUAUAAUACCAUUGCUGAGAAUGCUUUUGCCAAUCUCACCACAGUGGAAUGGCUGAGUAGGGUGAACGUUUAUGCGCCAACUCAGAUACCAGAUAAAGUUCCAAUCAAUGUAACAGUCAACUGCUCCUGCGGCAAUCGACAUGUCUCCAAGGAUUAUGGGCUUUUUGAGACAUACCCUCUCCGUCCCGGCGAGGACUUGUCCUUCGUGGCGGUGGAGACUGGUGUCCCGGCAGGGCUGCUGGUUACGUACAACCGAGGGUCUGAUUUUAGUUCAGGGAAUGGCUUAGUCUUUGUGCCGGCAAGAGAUCAAAAUGGGAGUUUUCCACCAUUGAAGUUGAGAGCAGCAGGUAUUUCAGGUGGAGCUAUAGCUGGCAUAUGCGUUGCAGGAGUUUCUGCAGCUCUAAUUUUGGCACUUCUUCUCUAUGCUUGGCAUUAUAAAAGGAAGGUAGUUGAGGCACCGUUUUCUGCAGCAUCUGAAGACCGAUAUAUUCAACAUGUACAUGUUUUUUUGUCAUGUGUAGUUUCCGGGCAUAGUUCAGAGAAAACUUUGGAAUCGGUUGCUCUAGUUGGUGCUUCUUCUCCGGGCCUUACAGGUAUAACUGUGGAUAAAUCGGUGGAGUUCUCAUAUGAAGAGCUUGCCAAGGCUACUAGUGACUUUAACAUUGCUAAUAAAAUUGGCCAAGGUGGAUUUGGAGCUGUUUACUAUGCAGAACUUAGAGGCGAGAAAGCAGCAAUUAAAAGGAUGGAUAUGCAGGCAUCAAAAGAGUUCCUUGCUGAACUGAAAGUUCUAACACAUGUUCAUCACUUAAACCUGGUGCGCUUGAUAGGAUAUUGCGUUGAGGACUCCUUAUUUCUAGUCUAUGAGUACAUUGAGAAUGGUAACUUGAGUCAACAUUUGCGUGGCUCUUCAGGUCUAGAUCCAUUGCCUUGGUCAACCAGGAUGCAAAUAGCCUUGGAUUCAGCUAGAGGACUUGAAUACAUCCAUGAACAUACUGUUCCAGUCUACAUUCAUCGUGACAUCAAGUCGGCAAACAUCUUAAUAGACAAAAACUUCCGUGCAAAGGUUGCAGAUUUUGGUCUAACAAAACUGUCUGAAUAUGGAAGUGCUUCAUUGCAGACACGUCUUGUGGGUACAUUCGGAUACAUGCCUCCAGAGUAUGCUCAAUAUGGUGAUGUUUCUCCCAAGAUAGAUGUUUAUGCUUUUGGUGUUGUCCUUUUUGAACUGAUAUCUGCCAAGGAAGCUGUUGUUAGGACAAAUGAAUAUGUUGGUGAAUCAAAGGGACUAGUUGCUUUGUUUGAAAACAUUCUAAGUCAGCCAGAUCCGAAAGAAGAUCUCGGGAAAAUUGUUGACCCCAGGCUCGCUGAUGAUUGCCCACUUGACUCAGUCUGUAAGAUGGCACAACUUGCCAAGGCUUGCACACAAGAAAACCCUCAACUGAGGCCAAGCAUGAGAUCUAUUGUGGUUGCACUAAUGACACUUUCAUCUUCAAAUGAGGACUGGGAUGUUGGUUCAUUUUAUGAAAGCCAAGCUGAUCUAGUCAAUCUAAUGUCAGGGAGGUAGCAAAGCAAAGUAAGUAUUAAGAUGACAUGCCAAGACAAGUGAUCUCUAGAGAACAAAGUCCUAACUUCCUUGCUUUUGGAUUGUCUGUCAAAUCAUCUGCAAUCAUCUGUAAAUAAGCAUUGCACAAAGAUGAUUUUAAUAUCGUUUUCACUAUGGAAAAAUGGGCAGCAGAAUAAUAUAGAAAA